CAUCCAUAAACAAACAAACAAUUUCACAAUGGAAUCUACCCUUUGCCUAAGCUAUUUUCCUCGACCUGCCAUUCCCUUUAACCUGAAUCUUUCCACAAAGAGCGUUAAACUUAAACAAACAACUAGACUUCGCUCCAGCCAUUCUUGUUUUUCGCUCUCAAGUGGUUUAAAUGUUACUCGGAGCCCGCUUGGGCAUGUUUUGAACUUCAAUGCAGUGAUUUGUGAGCUCGAAAAGUCUUCAACGCCUUCAAAGAAAAAUGAAAAGGGAGAUAGAAAAAUCGUUAAAGGGACGGUGGGGGCAUCUUUGGUUUUGGCUUGUGUUGUUGGUAUUAUGAGUUGCAGUUCUAAGAUGAAUCAUCAUAAGGCCAUUGCAGGUCCCAAGGAAAUGUAUCAGAAAGCUCCACCGACGUCAGCGUUAACACAACCAAUUGGCGGAAACCUAGCACUUAAAUCAUUUUUGGAUGUGAGUAUGGAGCUGGCUUCAAGUUCCAGUGAAGCAAAGCCCUUCUAUCAACCUAUAAUUAAUGUGCCUCCAGGGCCUUCAAUGGAAGAUAUCAAUGCCGUUAAAAUGGAAGCAGUGCGCAGAAUGAAAUCCGGGAAGCCCGAAGAGGCUGUGGAAAUGCUGCAAGAUCUAUACUAUCAAUGUCAAAAUGAGCCUGAGCCUGCAUACAAUGCUGAGAUGGCGUUAGUAGAAAUUCUCAUUUAUCAGGGAAAAUACGAAGAAGCCUCGAACUGUAACUGUCUCAAGGAAGAAUAUCGCAUCCCGUCUGAUGGUCGAUUCCCUCUUUACAAGUUUUAAUUUCAACAGGCUAUUAUAUAUACCAUGCUGAAUAGCGAUGAAGCAAGGAAGUGGUGGGAAGAAUUCGCUGCAAUCGUUGAAGGAGAAUUCAAUCCUGGACACUAUUUUUAGCCUUUGACUAGUUAAUAUAUAUAUUAGUCCAAUUCGUGCAUGCAAAUAUAAGAAACGCUAACUGCUACAAGGCGAAGAAUGGCCGGACCUCGAUCAUAUGACCACCCACGCGUUGUUGAACAAAGCAUCAUGGAUAUUGUUAUGUGAACAUUUUUUGUUGAUUAUUUUACCUUGAAACAAAGCUGUUUCAUGGAAUGUACGUAAGUGAAAUCAAGAAUAUAUA